AUGCGUGACCUUAAUCAUCCCUCUCCUUCUCCCAUUCCUUAUUCACGCUCCCACACACGCUUUAUCAUCAUGGACACGCUUAAAACAGUUGCACACGACGACAAGUUACUCAUUCCCAGCACAUUACAACUCUUUCGAACAGCAUUGCCUUCUGAACUUCUUUGUAACAUCUUUGCUCAUUUGUCCCAGUCCGAUUGCUACGAAUGCAUUCUCGUUUGCAAGUUAUGGUAUCAACUCGUGCCUCAAUACGCAACAGGAGUAUGGCGUACGCUCGUGCUAAGAAGCGCAACCAGUCGACAACGAAUAACGCACUUUGUUGGGAGGCAUGUCAAAGAAGUGAGGCUACACUCGUACCACGAAUCCAAAGUGCUGGCUGAUCUUGCAUGGCUUCGACGUUAUGGCGCAACACAAGUAUCAACUUUAUCUAUCAGCUAUACCGUAGGAGGAGGAGGAGGAGGAUGGGAUGGUGGUGACAAGGGCAGCAUUCAUCAAUGGAUUCCUGCACUACCGCUCAAUCAUUUGACACACCUUACGUUACGUAUUGGAAAACCAGGCAUCGACAUCAUACGCAUUGUGGAAGCAUGUUCAAAACUUGUUCAUUUGUCAUAUGAACUUGCUGAUAAUGGAACCGGCACUUUGACACCCGAUUUGCAGAUGGACUUUAUACGAUAUUGCAGCCAACAACUUUCAUUCAGCACGAUCUUAUCCCUUCGCUCAUUGUGCGUCAAAUCAUCAUUACUUGAUCAUUACGAGAAACGCCUCCUAUCAACAUUAAUACGACAUAGCCCUGAUCUUCGGGUCAUAUCACUUUUGGGAUUAUGGCCAUUUGAUAUCCGCAUCAUCCAUGACAUGAUUCAGCCUCUCAACAAUCUCGAAUACCUUGCAUGCAAUGUGGAUCGAUGCUCAUGGCUCCUUGAUGAUACCAUUCUUCUCAAUCGUCGCUCCACUUCAUCCAGCAGUAAGAUCCGACAAGGAUUACGAGGUCUUAUCCUUCAAGGUUCACCUGAUUGUUCACCUGAAAUACUCUCCUUUAUUCGAGAGCACCAACACACAUUACAGCAUUUGAAUUUGACGCUUGGUUUCCAUCCUCGAUAUGAUCACGUUGUUUGUGGGUUGCUAGGGCAACUGGAUAUGGAUAAGCUUGAGACAUUGCAUUGGUCUGGUUGUAGCAGCAAUCGUUAUGGCGCCGCACUUGGAUCCAUGCUUGGUCAUUGUCAACGUUUGCAAAAGAUAGAGCUUCCAAAUCUGGAUGGUGCUGAUCGGCAAUGGACACAUGCGUUGGCGAGUUUGAAGGAUCUACAUACAUUAUCUCUUGGAAUUGACGACCCAUGGCAAGAUACCAAUACAGUCAUGGCUCCACCACCACCCCAUUCAGCCACCACCACUGAAGAAGAAGAAGAUGAUGAUGAUGCUACUCCCACAGUCGAUGUUGUGCUUGGUGAAUUGUUUUCCGUGUUCGCUCGACAAGGCGAUAGCUGUCGAUUACAAAACCUAUCACUCAAAUUGAGGUUAGGAGAGGGUGCCAUGUGUCUUUCGCUAUUAUCCAACAUACGCUCGCUCAAGAAACUUGCCAUUUGGGGCCUUGCUUUGGCAGAUGACCAUGCUGUGAGUCAAAUCACCAACCAUAUCAGCGCUAGUAAGCAGAUGGAAAGGCUCUGUCUUGUCUCGUUUCGAUCACUUGGUCGUGAUGCUCUUGAACAUUUGAGUCACCUACAGCACCUUCGAUGUCUCGCAAUCAUUUGCUGCAAUCAAUUAAGCGUCAUUGGAUUGGAACAACUCGUACAAACAUGUCCACAACUCGAAAAUGUCACUGUGGGUCAAGUUCAUCAAGUCGAUGGCGAUGUAACUACUUGGCAAUCAAUCAAGAAACGACUCGGCAUGGAUCCUCGAUCUCAUCCCCUGUAUCCAUCAGUCAUCCUAUCCUAG